AUGCCUACAGAUUCCUCUUUCCAGACGAUCGACAUUCCAGAUGUAGACCUUUGGGCCUUCCUAUUUGAAAGGAAAAAUCGAGACUUUAGCGAUGACCAGGUCAUCUACCGAUCCAGCAUUGGGGAUCGAAAGUACACCUACAAAGAGGUCAAGAAAGCAGCUACGUCUUUUGGUGAGGGUCUUCAAGAGUCUUGGGAGUGGCAACGAGGCGACGUCUUGAACAUCUACGCACCCAACGAUAUCGAUGUCGCGCCCAUCAUCUUUGGCACUUUCUUCGCUGGUGGCAUCGUAUCACCCGCAAACCCUGGCUACUCGCCUGACGAACUUGCGUUCCAACUCAGCAGUUCUGAAAGCAAAGCCAUUGCAACCACAAAAGCCUUCCUUCCAGCCGCCACGAAGGCCGCAAAGAAAGCGAACAUUCCCGAAAACAGAAUCAUUCUACUGGGAGAAGAACGCGAUCCAAACCGGAAGUUCCGCCACUGGACCGAUGUCACCAAAGCAUCAUUAGAGAACCGAUACCGAAGGAAAAAAGCCAGUAACCCUUCGAAGGACCUCGCCUUCUUGGUCUACUCGUCAGGCACGACUGGCCUGCCAAAGGGCGUGAUGUUGUCACACUCAAAUGUGGUCGCCGACCUCUGUCAAAUCAAAGGAUCUGUUGGACACUACUACCAAUCUGGCCAGGACAAGAUAUUGGGCGUACUGCCCUUCUUCCACAUUUACGGGCUUACGGGCUUAGUCCACCAGCCGCUGCACAGAGGCAUCGAGCUUGUGGUCAUGCCAGCAUUCGACCUAAAGCUUUUCCUGGAAAGUGUGCAGAAACACAAGAUAACAUUCAUCUACGUGGCGCCUCCGGUGAUCGUUCGCUUAGCGCGAGAUGAGAUGGUCAAGAACUACGAUCUCAGCAGUAUCAAGAUGAUCACUUCUGGUGCUGCGCCGUUGACCCGCGAACUGGUUGACACUGUGCACAAGAAGCUCAACAUCAAGAUCAACCAGGCAUACGGACUGUCAGAAACAUCGCCGAUGACACAUACGCAAUCUUGGGAUGAGUGGUAUAGCUCUGUGGGAAGUGUGGGCAAGAUUUUCCCAAACAUGACUGCCAAGUAUAUGUCAGAAGAUGGCAAAGAACUGCCUGCUGGCGAGGCCGGUGAGCUCUGGAUGGCAGGUCCCAAUAUCUUCCAAGGUUACUGGAAGAACGAAGAAGCCACCCAAGGCGCCAUUGUGGAAGCAGAUGGCCUCCGCUAUUUCAAGACUGGAGAUGUUGGCUUUCAGGACGAGAAGCACAAUUUCUACAUCACAGAUCGUGUCAAAGAGUUAAUCAAGUACAAGGGCUUCCAAGUCGCGCCAGCUGAGCUCGAGGGCAAACUGAUGGACCACCCGUUAGUGAACGACAUUGCCGUCAUUGGCGUGGAAGACAAGGAGAUGCACACAGAAGUACCUCGUGCUUACAUUGUGCACGCGAAGAAGGCAAAAGAAGCUGGUGAUCCAGAGACUGGGGCACCGAACAAAGACUUUGAGAAGGAUGCGCAAAGUAUCAUCGACUGGACUGCUGAGAAGGUUGCAAAUCACAAGCGGCUACGGGGUGGGGUGCGCUUCAUUGAGGAGAUUCCGAAAAGUGCAUCGGGGAAGAUCUUGAGGAGAAUGCUGAAGGAGAGGGUUAAGAAGGAAAGUGCGCCGGUUAAGGCGAAGUUGUGA